AUGCACGUCUCGACUCUUCUGAAGGUCUUCCUACUCUUCCCUAGUAUUUGCUUAUCGUUCUCAUUGCCCUCCCUCCAGCUUCAGAGCCAGAGUCCCCUCGAAGCACCCGGCUGUGAUGGCUCCGGUAUCGUGGAUCCUUCAGGCCGCUGCAAUGGCGACGGCAUCGUCCACAAUCCGCCACCCUCGAAGGAUCGUGAGGGCUUUGUAUUCGAAAACCCGUCCACAAACUGCAAAUACGUGUCUCAGCCAUACAUCUGGGAUUCGUUCAAGGUGCUGGAAAAGGACAUGUCACGCCUCUUCACCCUUAUCCACAAGAACGUUUCGUUUACCGUCGUCGGACACCAUCCCGUGGCCGGACAUUAUCGCGACCUGAUGCAUUUCUAUGUGAACGCUCUGCGAAGAGUGAGUAUGUGUUUCUCGGAUCAUCCUGAGAAGUUUGAGAUCCACCCUCGGGGUAUCCAUGGCGGCUGUGACUUCGAGUGGUCUGUUCAGGAGAUGCAGUUCAAGGGGUUGAUGAAUUCGGGAGACCAAUUUGAUGUCGUCAAUAUCUGGGUUACCCGCUGGCAUGAGGGACAGAUGGUCGAAGUCCGAACCUAUAUCGAUUCCGCUCGGAUCAUCGAGGCUCUGCACAAGAACGAAUUCUGGUGGAAUGGCACAACCUACCGGGACAAUCUACAGUAUAUGCCUGGUCCUGGAGGAAUGCCAGAUCUGGAGGAACUCGAAGCGUUGAUGGGGUAUCCCGAUGGGAGGAAGUACGAGGAUUAG